GUUUGGUGCGACAGAAAUCGAAAGAGCGUCUUGUCACUAGGAAAUGUCACUAUCUGGACCUUACCCACUCAGCCCAUGUUUAAGUCAUUUCAAAGUACAAACAUUAGUGUAACAUUGAAAAUCACACCAUCAUAUAAUUAGCAAAGGAGUUAUCUGUUUUCAAAAAUUGCUUAAAAUGGUUUUGUAUUAAAACGAUGCGCUGUCAAUAAAUCAGAUUCAUUGUUGACACCGAUGAUUGAAAUCUAAAAAAUAUAUUUUACUGUCAGUUUCAACCACAGGCGUCAGUCAUAAAAAAAUUGAUCUUGAAAGUAAAGACUGUAUGAAGAAGAUGCAGACGUUGUUGAGUUUGGUUCUUGUGUUAACUGGAUUUGCAAAGGGUUUCCUUGAGCAGCCAGAUCAACCUGGACAUUCCCAUGGGCAUUGUGUGUGGUACGGGCAGUGUGGCCCGGGAUUCAACGGUGGGCGUCUCAAUUGCCCAGCAACCGGGUCAAAGGUCAACCCCCAUAAGCUCACUGACCAGAAGGCUCUGCAGAUCUUGAGGGACUAUUGUCCAGAAAUCUAUAAUGGGAAUGACAAUACCCUGACGUGUUGCUCUCCGGAGCAGGUGUACACGUUCCGUGAGAGUAUUAGCGUGCCCAUGAACAUUCUCAGCACCUGCCCCGCAUGUUACCGCAACUUCCUGAACCAAAUCUGUCAGCUGACUUGCUCUCCCCACCAGAGCAAGUUCAUCUGGGCCAACAUGUCCGGGGAGUACCCACAGGGCGCGAGUGAAAACCCAGGUCCCAAAGGCAUUCCCCAUGUUGUUUACCUGAUGAGCAAUACUUUCGCGAACAGCGUCUAUGACUCUUGUAAGGAUGUGGAGCUGCCCGGAGCAAUCAUGCCUGGUACAAAGUCCAUGGAAAUCUUCUGUGGUCGACCAGCGUCAAUGUGCGAUACACAGACCUGGUUAGAGUUCCUGGGGACUGUGGGUAACGGACAGGCACCCUUCCUGAUCACCUUCAAGCUGUCAGACCUGCCUUGGGAGAGCCCGGAUAAACAGAUGCUUGAGCCCAUGAAUAUGACCAAUACCCGCUGCAACCAGCCAUUGACCCGCUCUUCAUCGGCAAUUGGUACUGAUAAGUGUUCCUGCAAGGAUUGUGUUCUGGAGACAUGCCCGGCCAUUCCAGUCGCGGGGCCAACUAGCAGGCAGCAGUACCUGGACAACCUGCUGGGGGCUGGACACUACACAUUGGCGGAGGUCAUAAUCGAGCGUGUUAACAAGUCACCCAUAGAUCACACACUAGCUCCACCAUUGACCACCAGUGUAAUGUUUGCCUCGGUAUUUGACAAGAACUUCCUACAUCAGGUGUUGCAACUACAACAAAAUAUCACAAAUCUGGAAGCGCACAUUGGUGUGAUGCACCAAGUCACGCUGGCUGACAUAUGUUCCAAGCGUCCGUCAAGCCAGGCCUGCAUUGUGGAGAGUAUUGCGCAAUAUUACCAGAAUAACAACACUAACAUUGACAAGGUCGCUUACGAUGAUUUUGGGUUCUUCCUAGAAGGAGAUUACCUGGACCACUUCUUGUCAUGUGUUCAUUCCCCACAGUUGGCUAGAGACACAACGAAGCUCAACAUGUCUUGUCUGACGACAUUUGGUCUAAACAGUCCUGCAUUCAUGAGCCUUGAAGGAUAUAAUGGUACUGACUACCACUCUGCCAGUCGGCUUGUUCUCACAUUUGUGCUGGACAGCUUUACAAAGGACCCUUCCCAAAUCAUGGCCUGGAAGAAUGCCUUUGUGUCCUACCUGUCAACGUACAUUAACCCAGACAUGGUCCUAACCUACCGGCCAAGCGGACAGGCGAACCUUCUUCGGGGCCAUGCGGACCAUGUCAUGGUAUCAGUUGCUGAGCGGAGAUUACCGGUAGUGAACCAAGAGGGACCCAGUUAUGCAGUGGUUGAUGAUGAGACAGAGUUAGUGGAGGAUGACCCACCGGCAGUGACAGGACAGUGUGUGUGGUACGGGCAGUGUGGCAAAGGAUGGAACGGCGGCUCAUUGAACUGUGCUGUUACAGACAAAACACGCACUCCUCAGAAGCUUACAAAUGCCACAGCACUGGAUGUUAUAAAGAAGUUCUGUCCCCUUCUCUACAAUGGAGUCAACUCAACGUACACAUGCUGCAGCCCAGACCAGAUCCUCACGAUGCAGGCCAGUCUCGGUGUCCCCAAUAACUUGCUGCAGCGUUGCCCGGCAUGCUACCACAAUUUCCUCAAUCAGAUCUGUCAGAUGACGUGCAGCCCCAACCACUACCAGUACAUCAUUGCUAACAUGACAGACAAGUGUCCGGACGGACGAGAUAACUGUACGGGGGAAGGCGCCAUUCCGAGCAUAGGCUACUUGAUAACGCCAAAGUUUGCCAGUGACGUGUACACGUCUUGCAAGGACGUCCAGAUGCCGUCAUCCAAUGACAAGGCCAUGUCUAUCCUCUGUGGGAGACCCGCCAAGGACUGUAACCCGUCCCUAUGGCUUGCUUUCAUGGGCACCACAGGCAACGGACAGGCUCCUUUCCCCAUCAACUACAUUAUCACGGACUCCUAUGCAACUCCCAAUCAGACCUACCAGCCUCUCAACAUGUCCAAUGUUCCUUGCAAUGAGUCGCUGUCUAAUGACACCCUGGCAUGUUCUUGCCAGGACUGUCAACAGAGCUGCGCUGUUCGCCCACCACCCCCGGCACAGAAAAAACCUUGGAAAAUCGCUGGAAUCGAUGCUGUAUCCUUCAUCAUGGGAUGUGUAUUUACGGCGUUUGUUAUUGUGUUCAGUAGCUACAUAGUUUGCUACGCAAUAAUCAAAGAGAAAGCUUUUGGAAAGAAAUCGUAUAAUUUUGACAAUGUUGAAAAUGAUUCCUUUUCAAGUCAAGCCAACAUGGUGAGGACAUUGGUCUCACCAUCUGACAUCGGUACUUUUGAAAAACUUGGCGCCAGGGCGGAAGAAAUACUGUGCCGUCUCUUUACUGUGUGGGGUACUUUUUGCGCUCGAUAUUGGCACAUAGUGUUGCUGGUGACCAUUAUCGUGUUUGGGUCGCUAGCUGGCGGCAUUAUUCGGAUGCAGGUCACCACUGAUCCUGUCAAGUUGUGGUCAGCCCCACAGAGUACGGCUAGGACACAGAAGGACUACUUUGAUGCGCACUUUGGGCCUUUCUACCGCACAGAACAGGUGAUAAUCACCCGACCCAACAACCCUGGUAACCAGUCUGUGGUGAUACACCAGAAGCCGUAUCCUUCCACAGAGACCAUGCCAUUCUCCUCCUUGUUUGAUAAAAGUUUCAUUGAACAGGUAUUAGACUUGCAGAAUCAGAUAGAGAAUAUCAAAGGCACCUAUAAUGGCAAGGAGGUGACAAUGAAGGACAUCUGCUUCAAGCCUUUAAGUCCCGAUCAUGACGAGUGUGCCAUUCAGAGCGUGUUGCAGUACUACCAGAACAACAAGACCAACCUUGAUGCCGUGGCAUAUGACGAUUCUGGAUUCUGGGUGGUGGCUGAUUAUCUGGAUCAUUUCCUGGCCUGUACUCAGGCUCCUACAUCCAUAUCGGACCAGACCAGGCUCAACAUGGGAUGUCUGGGAGAAUACGGAGGCCCCGCCUUUCCCUGGGUGGUUCUGGGAGGCUUCUCAGACUUGGACUACAACAACGCCACGGCAUUCGUGCUCACGUUUGUCGUUAACAACCACCUAGCGGAGGAUCAGAAUGCACAGGCUGAGGCGUGGGAGGCAGAGUUCAUCAAGUUCAUGAAGAACUUUACCAACCCUAACAUGAUUCUCUCAUUCUCCUCAGAGCGCUCCAUCCAAGAUGAAUUGACGCGUGAAAGCAACUCCGAUAUCUGGACUAUUGCGCUCAGUUAUAUGAUCAUGUUUGGCUACAUCACCAUUGCUCUAGGGCAGUAUCAUAGCUGCAAAACCAUCCUGAUAGACUCGAAGAUUCUGCUGGGUAUAACUGGUGUGGUGAUUGUGUUGCUAUCUGUGGCAGCGUCCGUUGGUUUCUAUAGUUACCUGGGUGUUCCAAUGACCUUGAUCAUCAUAGAGGUCGUGCCAUUCCUGGUGUUGGCGGUCGGAGUGGACAACAUUUUCAUCCUUGUCCAGAAGUAUCAGCGUGAACCUCGGUUACCUGGAGAGACGUUGGAACAACAGAUUGGUCGGACCUUGGGAGCUGUAGGACCUAGCAUGCUCCUAACCUCCAUCUCAGAAUCAAUUGCCUUCUUUCUAGGUGCAAUGACUGACAUGCCUGCUGUGCGAGAGUUUGCCCUGUACGCUGCCAUGGCUGUCCUGUUUGACUUCAUACUGCAGAUCACUUGCUUUGUCAGCUUGAUGACGUUGGAUGCCAGACGUCAGGAGGCUAACCGUUUUGACAUCUGCUGCUGUGUGAAAUUGACCAAAGAGGAGAAGAAGAGUUCUGAGGGUUAUCUGUACUGGCUGGUGAACAACUAUUUCUCCAACGGUCUGCUGUGCUCCUGGGUCAGGCCCAUUGUGAUUGUGGUGUUUGUGGGCUGGUUUAUGGCGAGUAUAGCCUUCGCAUGUCACCUGACCCUUGGCCUUGAGCAGGCCCUCUCCAUGCCUACAGACUCGUAUGUACUGCAGUACUUUGGUAACAUCUCCAAGUACCUGUCGGUGGGGGCCCCCGUCUACUUUGUGAUCCCUGCCGGCUACAACUACACCAACAAGGCGGCCCAGGACGCCAUAUGUGGCAGUAAGGGCUGUGAGCAGGACUCCCUGAUUGGUCAGGUCUUCUUCUCAUCACAGCUCGCUAACUACACAACAAUAGCCCAGCCUGCCUCUUCCUGGAUAGACGACUACUUCGACUGGGUAAGCUCCACUGGGAACCCACCCUGUUGUCGUAUCAACGACCAGACUGGGCAGUUCUGCCCCUCCACCUCCAAUGAGUCCUGCCACAAUUGCCCCUUCCAGCCCUUUGUUGGGGGCCGUCCCAACUCACACGACUUCAUCACCUACCUGCCCAUGUUCCUGAAGGACAAUCCGGGGCUGAAGUGUGCCAAAGGUGGCCACGCAGCCUAUGGUGCAGGGGUGAACCUGGUCAGUAAUAACACGCAGGUGGGAGCCACAUACUUCAUGACGUACCACACUCCAAUGCGUAAUUCGGGAGACUACAUAAAAGGACUGACAGAGGCCAGAAACAUUGCCAAGAACAUCUCGGCUGCCAUGAACAUUGAAGAUCCCAAUCAGGAAGUGUUUGCUUACAGCAUCUUCUACGUGUUCUAUGAACAGUACCUGACCAUUGUGAAGUUAACCAUACAAAACAUUGCCAUUUGUAUGGUCGCCAUAUUCAUAGUGACCUUCAUUCUUCUUGGCUUCGACUUCGCCACUGCGGCCAUCGUGUGUCUCACCAUCAUCAUGAUAGUCGUAGACAUCAUGGGCAUGAUGUACCUGUGGGAUAUCAACCUGAAUGCAUUGACUCUGGUGAAUCUUGUCAUGGCUAUUGGCAUUUCUGUUGAGUUCUGCUCUCACAUUGCGCGAGCCUUUGCCAUAAGCAUAGAACAUAGCAAGGUGGAUAGAGCCAAGGAUGCCUUGGCCCAUAUGGGCAGCUCUGUUCUAAGUGGUAUAACGCUUACCAAACUUGGCGGUAUUAUUGUGCUGGCAUUCGCCAAGUCCCAGCUGUUCCAGGUGUUCUACUUCCGCAUGUACCUGGGCAUGGUUGUGUUUGGGGCUUCCCAUGGGCUCAUAUUCCUGCCGGUGCUACUCAGCUAUAUAGGCCCCAGUAUAAAUAAGCAGAAACUGUUCCAACAUCAGCAGAGCCUUGACAGUGAGGGAAAAAAGCCCACACAAAAUGGUGCAGCCGCAACAACUAACACCGAUUAUUUCAGGCGCAUUGAUUCACCACCCAAUUACAGCAAUUUAUAGAGCACCUGCAUAAUGUUAAUAGACAUCACAACUUAUAAGAGAUCAUUUACACUACACGACUCCAUGUGACCUCAUUAUGUGUGUUUUGCAAGAAGAAAUGAUCAUUUACAACAGCAAUGUAUAAUUCAUGCUAUUGUAAAAUGGGUUGCCUAGUCAUUUCCUAAUAAGAGUGAUUUAUUACCAGGAACAAGUUGGAUGGCCCUUCAGUGACCGCAGGUUGAUGUUUGCUUGCUGGACCCACAUGAGGCCUAAUACUAAUGAAUAUGAAGUCAACUUGAAACAGUGUGGCAGCCAGUGCUUUGUUGUGGACUGCUUGAAAUGUGUAAUGCUGUGAGAUUAAAGUGCUAGGAAAUGUCCAAAUUUCCUCUCUAAUUUGUUUUCCCUUUCAGCACAUAAAGGCCAUUUUUGUAUUUAUAUGUUUAGUUUUGGUUCAUGCCAAAUACAAUUACUUAGAAUAUGUACGGAUAAAGUUGUGUUCUUCAUAAUUCAAAUCUUGGUGACAGUCGGACAUUUUCAGUUAUCGUUAUUCAGAUUUUUGAAAAUGUCUAGUUACUGUGUUUGUGAUAAAAGACUAGUAGCAAUGUAGCAAUGGUCAUUGAUCCUAAACACUGGACACUGACCAGUGGCUAUUGCAAUUGACCAUUAGUAGGGUAUAUUCACAAUAAGCAGUGGACACUGACAGGUUGCAGUGAUCAUUGACCUUCAACUUUGGUCAUAAUCUUGGAACAGUAACCCUAGAUGUUGAAGAGUGUUUGUUGACCUUAAAUUCAAUUAAACUGUAAAUGCUUGUGAUCGACCUUUAGCACAGACCUCAUGCAAUGACAUUUUGCCUUUAUGUGCGGUCAUUGACAGUGUCUUAUACAGUCUCCAAGGUAUUUGAUGGUCAUUUUAAUUGAAAUGUACAAUAACAGAAUGGUAGUGAAUGAGAUCCUGUCAUGCACGGAAUAGUCCUUAAAAUAUUGUGAAGAACUGUGUUAAAACCUCACUGUAUUAUCCAGCUUUACGGAACAUCUGCUUUUGAGCAACUACUUAAAUUGUCAUGGGACCAAUACAGUAUUUGCCUUCAUAAUAAGUGACUUGGGAAAGAAUUAUUUGUAUGUUAUAAUUGUUGAAAACUUGUUAAAUAAUUAUUUGUAUGUUUCUUACUGAUGAAAUUUCAUACAUUUGUAUGUACGAGAUAUAAAUACUGAUUGAAUCCCAGUGUUCAUAAUGUGAUAAUGAGUGCACAAAUAAGAUAUGAAGCCUUUAUUUAACAUGUGCUUAUUUUGUUGACCCAUGUAUAUGUUUAUGCAUGUAAAUUUGCAUUCAUAAUGUAGAUGUAGAACAUACACAUCACGUUCUGUAGAAAUAUUUAUAUGUUCAGUUUCGUUAAGUUAGCAAACAUAAACCUGACACUUCUGAGAUCUAGAAGCAUACUUUAUGCACUCCAGUUUCCACUUUAGUUUAAACACAAUUGUGUGUAUUGACUGGGUUCAUGAGUGUUAUUUGUCACUGACUGUAUUUUAUUUGAAUGGCCUUCCAUUAAUUUUGCUCAAUACCCUAACAGAAAUUAUCAGAUUGAUCGUCAUGGCAUUGUGAUUUGUCGAUGCAUGCAUAAGAGUUGAUGUUAUUUUUAUGCUUUCAAGCUAUUCCUUUUGCACAGUUUUUCUUGUUAUUACUGUAAAAAAAUUGUAAAAAUUAUAUUAUUAAUGCUUGUUAAAUUGAACCAAUACUUAUCUAACUCACAAUUACUAUUGAUGCCUGCAUUGGCAAGUUCUAUAGCAAAGGUGUUUUGAUACACAAGGGAAAUAUAUUAAAUAUUUCAGUUCCUACAAUGUGCAAAUCAGUGUCCAAUCAAAAGUGUUUCCUCAUUAUUGAAUCGGGUCAGAUAGUUUUGCUUUACAAUUAUAUUCUUUGCAAAAAAUAUAUCCUAUACAUGCAUUUAUAUAAAAAAGAGUGUUCAAAAUAAAAAUUACCUGCUUUAAAGCAGCUUCCAAAGUUAUACUUCUGUAUCAAAGUCCCAUAAAAGAGUCAUAUUACAAGCUUUUUGCUGGUUUGAGACUGACAAUAAAUAUUACAAUGUGACAAACGCUAUCUAGUGUAGAUACUAGAUAGUGGACGGUUAUUAUAAGAGUCCUAUUAAAAGAUAUCUAGGCUUUUAAAGGUUUAAACAUAAUAACAUAGUAAUUUAGUUAUAUAUAUAUAUAUGCAUAUAAUUACAGUUUUUCUAUACACUUGUUAAACUUUUAUUUGAUUUUUAUGUCCCCCACAACCAUAGCGGGGGACAUAUUGUUUUUGCCCUGUCUGUUGGUUUGUUGCUUUGUUUGCGUUUGCGUCAAACUUUAACAUUUGCCAUAACUUUUGCAAUAUUGAAGAUAGCAACUUGAUAUUUGGCAUGCAUGUGUAUCUCAUGGAGCUGCACAUUUUGAGUGGUGAAAGGUCAAGGUCAUCCCUCAAGGUCAAAGGUAAAAUAUAUAGCUUCAAUGCGGCGCAGAAGGGGUCAUAGUGUUUCUGACAAACACAUAUCUUGUUUAUUUGGUAAACAAUUUUAAUGAUACUUCCUAUAUGCCAUUGACUGAUUAUUAAUAUUCAAUUCUCUGCAAAAUAUUUUUACAGGUAAACAUAUUUAUUAAAAUAAAUUAUAUAUUUCCUGUUUGAUAUAUAUUUACCAUAUUGGUGGUGUCUUUGUUAUGUACUCAUCAUUUAUUAUGUGAGAAAAUUCCGAACAUUUCUGCCUCGUCAUCAUAACGUCCCAUUUGUAACAUAUUCAUUCUGUAUGCACGUCCCUAUGUGUGCAUGUAUUUGAUUCAAAGUCUUUGUAUUAUGCAAAAUGUCUCUGUAUACCAAAUGAAUGAUUGUUAUGUCUUGUAACGAUGCAUUUAAACUGGUUAUUUUGUGUAUCAUAUUAAUCACUAUAUUUAUUUUUCACGCAAAGUGUUGUUUACAUUUUGAAAUUGAAACAAUGAUGGAACGUCAAAAAUCAUAAAAUCAAUUAAAUAUAACAAAAUCUAA